UGAUAAGAAAGUUUAAUACGAGGUGCCGACAGAGAUAGAACGAACGCGUUCGCGGUUUACUGUUCAUUACGCGAGUUACCGCCUGUUUCAGCGUGUGCUAUGCUCAGCCUGUUGCCGCUUUGAUUUUUUUUUUCUCCUAUGCAUUAUUAGUUCGGUUUAGUUCAUUUCAUUUAAUUUAACUUAAUGCCAGUUGUAAAACAGACGAGUUAAAAAUGUGCGAGAAUCUAGAAUUGGGUGCGUUUUGUUUUUAAAAAUUUAGAUUUCCACCGUAAGUCGGUCGGUGGCGUGUUAUCAUUGCGCGAAAUAGCGAAUUUAUUAUUCCGUUUCACUGAUAAGGUGCUAUCGCGGCCUUUCAAUUCAGGCUUAUAUGGCAGACUGUGAAAUACUCGCCAGUAACGAUUUCAAAUUCAAUCAUAACAUAAUUUUGGACGAUUUAAAAGACAAUUCAACGUGGAAUAGCGAAGUCUGCGAGGAAGAGAAUAAAGAAGGCAGUUGGUAUAGAUUUUUAUCAGCAGCUAGAGGAAUGUUACAUCAGUACGCUGGUCAACAAUAUUCUAGUAUCAACGGGCAUUACUCUCCUUUGAAUAGUUGUUCGCAGUUAGUGCAGCAGACUUAUUCCCAGACGUCAAAAAUUACGGAAAUUAAUGACUGCGAUUCCGAACAAAGUGGUUAUUUCAACGAAGAGAAAUUUUCACCCAAUGAAUCGGAAGAAAGCCAAACGCAGCGUUUCGAAGCGAAAGAAUUAUCACAAAGUUGCGAAUCCGGCAAAGAAUUGGUUCCUAAUACCACCGAAUUGUACGAGCGAACAAUUCAAGAUAAAUGUGAUAAUGAAACUAGUCAGAUGAUUGAUGAACAAAAUAAUAAUAAUGUACAAAAGUCGCAAAUCAAAAGUGAACCUUUCAAUUACCAGAAAUAUACCGCUGCUAGUGAGGAAACCGAUUUACUACCAUACAUAGAUUUAGACAUGGAAACUAUUAUAAACGCCCCAGUUAACGAAAACGAAGAGUACAAACAGAAGUUACAAAGUACAGCGAACGAGAUAAAUAAAAUCUGCGAUGAAAACGAGUCGAACUUUCGUCUUCCCGGUUUCCACCAAGCGUUCGGUUCGACUGAGAUCGGACGUUACGUACACCAAAAAGAUUUCAUCGAACAAACGGCCACCCAAUCUAUAAUAAUGCAUCAAAGUAAAACGUUGAUGCUCCAGUGCCAAACAACCAUUAACGGCGUGCCAAAUGGCUUAAGUAGUCCAAAAGCCAAAUCUCGGGGUUGUAGUAAAAGGAUAAAAACGCCGAUGGAAACGAAUGCGACGAGAUUAGCGCCGUGUUGGAAUUACGAACACGAGACUGAUUCACCGGCGGUCGUGUGUACGCCGCCGAAUGGCGGAUAUUACAAAAGAAAAGACAUGAGACGCGCUAAACCGAACCAAAAUUGUGAAAAUGGGUCUUCGGUAGGAGGGUAUUAUGCCGCCGAUGAGUAUUAUAAUAAUUGUCCAUCGCCGUAUUAUGGCGGCUGUUCAGAUUACCCGAAUUGCGAGUAUUACCGGUAUCAGCAGAAUUCACAUUCACACUCGCAUUCGCAUUCGCAUUCGCAGUAUCAAAAUUACAACAACAGCGCUUCGUAUAACACGCAUUCUAAUUAUAACAUGAAUAAUUAUACCGAAGAGCAUAGUCAAAGGUUGUCUUCGUACGGAUCCGCGUCUUCGAUGUCUUACAGUCAUAAUCAAAACUGGCGAGGCGAAAGAUUCUUCCCGUAUGCGGAACAAUUUCAGUCUUAUAGAUACAGACAGGGCAGCUCGUCGCCAUACUAUCAACAAUUCGUUUCGUCAAAUCAGCAUAUUCAGUCGCAGCAGUCGUUCAAUUACGGCUACAAUUCAUACCCUCCGGUACCUAAUUAUAAUUAUUUUUAAACUUUUCGUUUGUAUUAAUCGUUUUUAUUUUUUAUUUUUUUUCCAUAUUAUUUGAAAAAUUUUCAAAGCUCGCAGAUAUGCGGCGUAUCCGUGAUUGUUAUUGUAGGUAUACCUAAAUAUGUGAUUCGGCAUCAAGUCAGGUGAAUACUUAUUAUAACUACCUAUUUAAUUUGAAGAUGCUGAGUACUGCAUCGAACGUUGGUUAAAAUGUGAGUUUUGGUUUGUCAACUUGGGUGUAAGGUCAAUUUUUCAAUUUACGAAUCUUCCAUUGUAAAUAUUUUCUGGAAAAGUGAUCUCAAUUUUGAUAAAUAUUUCGUAUUUGUUAUAUCUUUUAAAGACACGAUUUUGUUAGCAUUUUAUUUUCUUCUUUCUUGUUUCAAUUUUUCUAGUUCAAUUACCUAAUUGAAAAUAUUUUUUAAUACGAAGCCAUGUUGUACUUACCACUUCUUAUUAACAUUUUUAGUCAGUAGGUAGCCUGAGAAAAAUCUUUAAACUUCGGUAUUGAAAAAAAAAAGUGUACAAAUUGAAUCGGAGAAUAUUUUGUGAGUCAUUGAAGUCGUUAGGUUUAAUCAUUGUCCUGCUUUGACUACUUUCAGAAAAUGAAACAAUGAGCAGUCAAGUGAAUUCGUCAACUUUUUUCUUCAAAUAAGUAAUUUUUCAGCCAAAAAUUAUUUUUGGCUUUUCCACAUCAAUUUAAAAUACUAGGUACCUACCUAGGAAAAAUUCUAUACUCACUGGAAGCUCCUGAAAAGCUCAAAUGUAUCUGUUGUUUUCAAGUCGAGAAGGUUGAAAAUUGAAGUAAAGUGACUAUAGGUAUCCCAACUCGUUUGUUUCAUUGGGGGGGGGGGGAUAUGUACUAUGUAUAUGAAAAAAUUCAAAGUUUUUCAUGUGAGUAAGAAUUUCUUAGUAACUUUUUAGAGCUUUCAAAAAUUUGUCAAAAAAUUAAAUCAAGCGUCUAAAUUUUGGAAUAAGGGUUCCAAAACUGGGUACUUAUUUCACCUUUGAAAUGAAAUAGAAAAUGUAUGAAGGUAUCAUGAAAAACUAUGACCAAAUUUGUGAAUUGGCUAUACGUUUUUUUUUGUUAUCAAGCGUUCCGAGAACGUCUUCCAUGUAUGUAAAUUCGAAAAAAUUUGGAAAUAUUGUUUAGAGUUUGAACUUGACCAUUUAGAAUGAUGAGAAAUGUGAGAAAAUGAAAUGAAUUCAAAAGAUUACGCUGAGAACAAAUUUUUAUUUUAUUUUAUUUUUUGUUUUGUGGAAGAGAGCUUGAUUUUGAAAAAUUUGUUUCUGACCUGUACCUACCAUAUAUAUCUGUUCAUUCACUUUGAAUUUUCAAAAACUCGAUGAAAAUCGAAAAAUCUAUUUUAGGCAACUGAAGAUUCAAUUCUCAGUGUUCUACUACGUGUUCUUUUACCUUCCUAGUCGACAACCUCCCAUCGUUUCUUUGAUAAUAUUGAUCUGCUUUUUACUUGCUAAUUUUAAUACCCACUAGAGCAUUUAGAUAGUAUCUACAUUUUAAGUACAAAAUGCAUAAGAUGGACUGAUGGACCACUCUGUCCAAACCUAAAUAAGGGGAAAAAGUACAGGGUUCCUAAAUUUUUUUGUAUUUUUACGUUUUUUUGAAAAUCACGUGCGCAUGAAAAAUUUUCAGUCUACAAAGGCUAUUCCAAUUACUAUGUUGGCACCAUAUGAGCCCACGCCACGUUCUGUGUAGAAAUAAAAUGAGAUUAAUCCCUUAAAAUUGAAUUUUACGUUUUUUUUUUGUGAUUUUUAAUGGUUGGGGGGAUCAGUUAAUAAAAAUUGAAAAAAAUGAGGCAUACAAUUUUUUUUUAAAAGACACAAUUUUAACUGCGAUAGUUAGAAAUUUACAAAAGUCAAAACAGUAUUCCCUUUUCUCUUCCGUUCACUUGAAAGCAUUUAUUGAAAUUAUAAUGGAUUUUUUGAACAUUCUUUCGCGAAAGUCCCUUGAUUCUUACAAAACUUCUCCAGUAUCUCCACUCUUCCUCCCAAUCAAGAAGUGAACGGGAAAAGGUGAAUUUUAAGAAUUCUGUGUAGGUAAUUUUGUCGCUAAAAGGUGGUAAGGGCUCAUACGAAGCCAACUGAGCCAUCUGACUAUUUUAGAAUGCCUUUUGUCAAUAUCAUCAUUUGAAGAAAUGAAUUUAUUGCUACCAAGAAUAAGUACAUUAAAAAUCUAAAGGAGAAAAAAAUCAAAACUUUAUUCGGAUAUGCCGCUAAUUCUGUGGAACGAUAUAAUUUUGUGACACAAACUUACUGUAUAUUCUUAUACUACAUAUUACAUAUUGCGUCAUUACGAGAAUUUUAUCAUUAUUUUAUUUUGUUCUUGUUUUGUUCUCUGUUUUGUUUUUAUUUUUUAUUUUUAUUUUUUUGCAUUGUAUUAUAUCUAUUUUCUUUAUACCUACCUACAUUUAGUUUGAAGAACGAAAUUUCAGAUCCGUUUUAUUUUAACGCAAGAAUUCGUAUACUAGUCUUAUCAUUGUUAAUUAGGGAUAUACCCAUUAAAUCGUGUAUUAUUAUGCGGGUUUACUGGAAUACCUAUAUUUUGUUAUUGUAAGACCACAAUUUUAUAUUUUGAUAAAAAGACAAAAAAUCUUUUAUUAUUAAAUAUGUGAGUUACAUAUUUUUAAAAUUUACUAGUUACGAUUACUUUUUUUUGUAUAUUUUAUUGUUGUUAAAUUUAAAUAUUAAUUUUAAAUACCGUUGCAUUCGACGUUACAAACCUGGUUUCUUUGUGGUGGAAUCUUCACUUUUUUUUGCACAAAUACCCAAAUAAAUUCCUGUAUAGGUACCUACCUAUUUUUAAAUUACUCAGAACUGAAAAAUAAAUCCAUCAUGAAGGAAAAAUAAUUGAAAUUAAAGUGUUAUCUUUAUGACCUCGGAAUUACUGAAAAAUUUUGUGAAAGUUUACGAAGAAGAAAAAAAUCAAUGCGCUUGAUAUCCAGAUUCUAGGGAGAGUCGAAGUACAUACAUCGAACAAAUAUUUGGAGUAUCUUUAAUUGAUGUAACUUGUUUUAGGGGGAAAAAAGCAAUAAAUACGUGGCAAAAUGUUUAUUGCAAAAUAAAACUGCUUUAGCUAAAUUUACUUUUAAUGUUACUUAUUAAAGUUCAGAUUCGCCCCGCAUUAAGAAACCAUUCUCCAUGAUGCGUCGAAACAUUGUGCAACUAAAAAAAAUGAAAACUUCAAUAAUAUUUAGCCAGGUAAUAUACAUACAACAAUAAUUACAUUAAAUAAAUGAAUAAAUAAAUCAUCUUAUUUUGUAUUAAAGGUAUUCGAAGUGAAAAAUUUUAGUGCCUUUUUCUAAACUUAUCGAUACAUUUAUGUUAAAAAGAAAAAUUCUUAACAAAAAAUAAUACAAUUAUUAAAUUUUUAUUGAAAUUAAUAACUCAAUGUAAACAUAGCAAAAAGUAUGUAAUGAGCUUAAAAGCGGCUCAAUUUAUAACCGUGGGAACAAUUUUUUUAAUUUGAUUUUUAGUGAUGUUUUGUGUUGAAAUUCUAAAUCUCGUUUUCAUGGUUUUUGUUUUAGGUGUUAUGUUUUUAACGUGUGAGGAGAAAAUUUUCCAUUGUUAUUUGAUUUCGUACUCGUAGAGUGAACGAAUGAUUAGAUGUAUGUAAUGUACCUACCUAAACAAGUUGAUUUUUUUUCACAAAACACCCAUUUUUAUGUAAAUGUUUCAAUAAAAAUUUGUUUGGAUUGUAAUCAAUAUAAUAGUGUAUUUAUUGUUGAAAAUUAAAUAUUUUUAAGUUGA